AUGAUCUUCGACAUCAAGGCCGACAUGGACAUCAUCACCACCAGGCUCCAGCAGACUAAGCUCUCCCAAAGCUCUCGACUGCUGAGUUUGCCACCCAAAUUGCGUAACAUGAUCUACGGAUACGCAGUCCAAGAAGACAAGGUCAUCGACGUAACCCGUUCCAAGAUGGUGAGGGGGCGCGCCCUGUUCGAGGUGUGCAAGAAGAUUCGGCAUGGAGCGCGACUCACGUACUUUGCCGUCAACACAUUCCGGAUCAGGGUGGGCGAUCGUACGUCUCCAACCCUUCCAAGAUACAUCGAGAGCUUGUCCCAAGAGGAGUGCGGCGCCAUUGGUACACUCGUUGUUCGCUACUCAUACAUGAUAUUGGCCACGGUACUGAACACGAUGCGCUUCCUCAAGGACUUGAACCCUGCUGUCUUCGUUCCCGCGCAGCAGGUCUGGGUGGAGGAGCGCAGGGACUUUUUGUCGGCGAAGCGGAUGCCAGAAGAUGCGCCGGAGCGCGAGGCGACGCUCGCGCACUGGGAGAAGAUGUAUAGCGAUCAUCGCAAGCAUUGGACUAGGUUCGUGGUAAGUCUUUUGGUUUCGGGUGUCUCGUCCAAAUCCAUGCGAUUCGAGCAUGUGGAGCGCGUGCAACGCUGUGUACGCACGCAGCAAUUGCGAGUGGAUGACCGAGUGCGCACUUGCCAGAUGUGGGUUGCUGUGGUGGAGUCUGUGAAGUCUGUAUGA